AUGAGAGACAAUAUGUCAUUUGGCGAACUGUGUUAUUGGCUUACUCAAAAUAUUGAAUUUGAGUUUCCAAAAAUAGUGGAAAGUAUUGUUUAUAGGUGUCCAAUAUCUAUAUUUGGUGGUUUCACGCAAUAUUAUACAGUUCCAAUAAUAAACGAUGCUGAUGUUGCACAGAUGUUUCAAAUACAUCACCAAUAUCAUCCACCAACUCUUGCUAUUGAGUUAUAUGUUGUUUUUAAAGAAAUUGCAAUUAACAUUGACGAAGAAGAUGAGGAUGCAUAUGCAAGCACUGUCCCAAACAGAGAGGUAGAAUGGAUAAAUGUCAACAAUGAAAGUGGUGACUCUGAAGGAGAAUAUGGAAGUGGUGAAUUGAGUGAAGAUGAAGAUGUAGAUGACGAUGAUUAUGCAAAUUUAGGUCAUUUUGAUUUAGACGGAGACUUGUAUGUUGGAAAGCAAUUUGCUAACAGAAAAACUGUUAUACGAGCAAUUAAGUGUUAUAGUAUAGCAAAUGGAGUGGACUAUAAAGUGGUUGAGUCAGAACCAAGUAUAUUUUAUUGUAAAUAUGUGAGGUAUGAAAUUGAUUAUGGAUGGCUUCUUCGUGCUACUUUUAGAAAAAACGAGUUUAUUUGGGAGAUUAGAAAGUACAACGGUCCGCACACAUGUACAAGAGGAAGAAUUUCUCAGGAUCACACCAAAUUGGAUUCCGACACAAUUGCAGAAUGUAUAAAGCCAAUGGUUGAAUCUGACCCUUCCUUUAAGAUAAAACUCGUUAUUGGUGAAAUUCAGUCUCGAUAUGGGUACACGAUAACAUAUAGGAAAGCAUGGAUGGAAAAACAAAAGGCAAUUGAAAAAGUUUAUGGUCAAUGGGAAGCCUCGUUUGAAGCUUUGCCGCAAUGGUGUGCAGCAAUGUGUGACUGUGUUCGAGGUUCCGUUGUUCAGUUGGAUGUUGUAGAUGCCUAUCGUGUUGAUGAGUUAGUUCCUAAUGUUAAAAUAUUUUGCCAAGUGUUUUGGACUUUUGGUCCUUGUAUCAGAGCAUUUAGACAUUGCAAACCACUUGUGCAAGUUGAUGUGACACAUUUAUAUGGAAAAUACAAGGAAGUUCUAUUGGUGGCUGUUGCACAAGAUGGUAAUCAGAAUAUUUUGCCAAUUGUUUUUGCUAUUGUUGAGGGUGAGACAACAGAUGCUUGA